UGACCAACUGCGAAUUUGAAAUCGUGCGCUUUUGAUGCAACAGGAAUUAGUCUGUGUUGACAGCAGGCUCAAGGUGUCACAAAAAAACUGGUCAUCGUUCAAAUUUUCCUCGUUAUUCGCCAUUCUUCAAAUUAAUUACCACUGGAAAGUCGUAAUUAAUUCGAAAAAUAACGCCAGCUUACACCUUUACCUUUCUAUCGCUCGGAAGUCGCGCCCGUUGCAAAUCUACAAGAGAUGACCUACAAGGUGGAGGUAUACAUUUAUGAUUUAUCUCGAGGAGUUGCUGCGAUGGUGUCUCCUUUACUGAUAGGGAAACGUAUCGACGGUGUCUGGCAUACGUCCAUCGUCGUCUACGGACGAGAAUACUUCUUCGGAUCUCAGGGUGUCGAAAGUUGUAGUCCGGGAUCGACGGCUGUGAAAAAUCCGCUACAAAUCGAAACUUUAGGCGAAACUCAAAUUCCGUACACCAUCUUCAUCGAUUAUCUCAGUGGACUUAGCGAGACAAGCUAUGCAAUAGGCACGUACGAUCUAUUAAGGCACAACUGCAAUAACUUCUCGCAAGAACUAGCUCAAUUUUUGUGCGGCGCGAAUAUACCGAGAUAUAUUCUCGAUUUGCCUAACGAGGUCUUACAAUCGAAACUAAGUCCCGCCCUUCAGAUACUCGUCCAGCAGUUAGAGCAUAGCGCCCGACCAAUUUCGAACGAACGAAGCCCCAACCAUCGAGGAGUACGUAAGGAUCCCAGUCCGGAGUUUCUGCAAAUCGAAGAGGCCAGGAGCACAUCACAACGAAUAGAUGAAAAACGGAACAGUAUUAAAGAUAAACUAGUCAAGAAGGAGAGAAAGAAAGAAAAAAAACGAAAGAAACUACUGAGAGAGGGAUUAUCGGUUCGUUUUAGUACAGAGGUUAGUAUUAUGGCUGAUACCGACACAAUAAAUUCGGGCGAGCCCAAUCAGUUGCCGUCCGAACAGGCUUUGCAAUUUGAGGAGGACGAAAGGCGGCAAGAAGAGGAGAGGAAACGAAGUCGGGAGCCGCCGAUAGUUUUUAGGGAUUUAGUGGAUACUAAAGGGGAGUACGAAGUAUUAGCAAACUCACUACAAAAUCAAUUAUCCGAGGAGGAACAAAGAGCCUUAGACGAACUACGUCAGUAUAUGCUGUGCGAUGAAGGUAGCUGGGUGGUCGGUGAUGGGUUUCUCAAUUUUAUUGGGCGGCUACUAAACGACCGUGACGUUCAGAACGAGGUGCGAAUACACGUGUUAAACAUUCUCGCGGCCGCCGCCUUAAAGGAUGACGUCAUAUUGGUGUUGCAUCAAGAUAGGAAAGAUCACGUUUUGAUGAAUUACGCUUAUGAAAUCGACCGAAUCAGUGUAGAUGAGCAGCUCGCCUUGGCUCUUUUUAUUGCAAACAUGUUCGAAAACCUAAGCUCAUCCGAAUGGCUGUUGUAUAUUUCCGAAUGGACUUAUAAUGGUCAACCCAUCAGUAAUAUUAGGGUGACGACCAAAGUUGCAGUACAUUCCUUGUUGUCGGAUGUACCAGACCUGCAAGAUCGCGGCUCCGCCAUUAUUUACAACAUGGCCUGCAAGGAGAAAAUGUUCAAAAACUUUCGCCUACGGCAGAUUUUACCCAAAGGCACUUUAUCAAAGGUAUUUGAUGACGUCGCCGUGGAGUUAACGAUGGCGCUCUUACAAUAUUUUAACACCAAACCAUCCGAGGAGCAAUUGUGGAGAUGUAUGAAAUCUUUAGCGAAGUUUACACAAAUUUCGGGACAAGACGUGCCGCAAUUAAUACAAAUGAUUGGACCGAACCCUACCACGUUUAGGGGCACAAGCUCGAGAAUCGACGAGCAAAUAGACUUGGUCCUCGCGAAAAUGCGCUAAUUUCCUUGAUACUACGGUUGUGAUUGGUUGUUGAUAAUAUUUUUUUUUAAAUAUUAACUUUGGUUUUUUUUUAGUAUUUAUUUAUUUUGUUGAGUGAUUUUUGUUAAUAACCAUUUAUUCUAAUUUAGCGGAAAUGCAUUUUUAAUUUAUUUAUAGUUUAAUCAUUUUAUAACCGAGAAUGAUUCAGUUAGUAAAUUCUGGAUUAUAACAAAUAUUAGUUAAUAAUUCAACUAUGUAGUUUAUUUAAAUGGAAUUCCACAUUUAAAUCCUGUGCAGAAUCUAAAAGUAGGUACACAUUCGUGUGUUACUAAUAGUGUUCACAUAGAUACAGUCGCAGACAGAAUUAAUAACCAUUAAAUACCUCUCCUGUCUUAAUGAAUGUCAUUUACUUGGCCAGGUUGCAGUUUCAAAUCGUUGCAUAUACUUUAAACUAAUCAUAGUCCAGCCUUACACUGAUAAACGAAAUUAGUGGGAGUGCGUUAUCCUAAUAAAGAAAGGGUAAAAUAUCCAAGGACUAUAAAUAAUUGGGCCAGUGAUUAAUUUUGUCAAAACGAUGUGCAAAUUUAGAAUAAACGUUUAUGGUGAGAGGCCUUCAACAUCUACAGUGCCCCAAAUUUAAAGGUCCACCCUGUAAUGAAUUUGAACAAAUAAAAUAAUAAACAUUUUUAGUUUUA